AUGACGCUUCACAUUUAUUUAUGUACUUGUGCAAGAAUAGCUUUCAAUGACGACGAUGCCGAUCCUGAACGAGGCGAUACGAGCUGGUUAGCUCGAGGAUGUUCAGCAGCCAUUGAACCGAGCCUACAUCCAUAUAUCCCGAUCGAAACCUUUGUCGUCGCGAUUCCUUCUGCCACGAGCUUGCCCGCGAUCGUCUGCCUAAUGACCGAUUGCAACAUCAUCAGACGAAUUCCCUCCCAUAAGACCUCGUAG